AAGUCGCUGCGGACACUGACAGACGGAGCGGAGCGAGUGCGCUGCAGUGAGACACGCGUUUUGGUUUAAACUCUGUGUGGACGGUAACUCUGCUGCGCAGCAACAAACCGCAUUUUAACAGUUCUGGGUUUUGCAUCGAGAGACACGCCGACAAAGUGGAUAAAAAGUUUGGGUAAAAGCUGCUCCAGCGCAUUCCCGCGAAUUUUGGAUUACUUAGACAAGAGUUUCAAGCUUGACAUCACCAUGUUGCCCUAUUUCCUGCUCUUGUUCCUCUCAUCUGGUCUGGUGUUAUCCUCUGACUGCCCGGCAGACUGUACCUGCCAGACCCAGGACACAAUAUUCUGCAUUAAUCAACACUCCAGCACUGUGCCCCGUGUGCCCACCACCACCCGAGACCUCUUCAUCUUCCAGAAUGGCAUCAACUCUUUGUCCCAAGAUGACUUCAAAGGCCUGGUGGAGUUGGAGAUGCUAGACCUGAGUCAGAAUGAGCUGACAGAGAUCCCAGAUGGUGUGUUUGAGAUGUUGUCAAAGCUGAAGAACUUGGAUCUGUCCUCUAACCACAUUACCCACAUUUCCAAAGACAGCUUUUCUGGGUUGGUCCAGUUGGAGAGGCUGUAUCUCCAUUCAAACCGCAUUCAGAGUAUCCAUAUGAAUGCUUUUGAAGGUUUAGAGAUGCUACUGGAACUCAAGCUCCAAGGGAACCAGCUCAGCUCUCUACCAUACCUUCAUUUCCCCAAGCUUCUGCUUCUAGACCUCAGCCACAAUAACAUCCCAACCCUGUCAGCUUCAGACCUCCAGACUCCCCACCUGGAAGCCCUUAAAGUGUCCUCUUUGGGGCUUACUACUUUGGAUGUGGAUCUCAUAGCCUCCCUGGGGAAUCUCCAUGAGCUUGACAUCUCUGUAAACCAGUUAACUGAGGUUCCACAGGCCCUAAAGCAAGACUCCCUCAAGGGGCUGAUCAAGCUCAGCCUGGCAACAAACUCAUUUGGUGAGCUCAGGGUGGAGGACUUCCAGAAACUGACUGGACUUCAAGAACUGGAUCUCACUGGACUUAAUCUCCAAGGUUUUCCCCAGAAUUUUUUCCAGAUCUUCCCUAGGUUGAUGCACCUGACAGCAGCUGAGAACCCAUUCAACUGCUUGUGUCCAUUAGCCUGGUUCCCUGUGUGGCUAAAAGAGAAGGGUGUGAAACUUGGGAGACAUGAAGUAACCAGAUGCCACUUCCCUCUAGUUAAUGCUGGGAAGAUGCUUUCAGAGCUAGAGCACAAAGAUUUUGGAUGUCCACCUACCACAACAGUGCUGAUUGGUUCCCCCAUUGGAAGUACUCCUGUUCCCCAGAUGCCCACCACAUCUCCUGAAACCACUCAUACCAAUGCUAUUCCUCCUCCACCACCACCCAGUGAGGAAACCAUCUCCUCAAUCACAGACAGCUACCCCCUUCCACCAGAACCUCCAGUGUCCCCCAGCUCCACCAGCAGGGAAUAUGAACCGCACAUCUGCCCACCAAAUAUCUGCCUCAAUGGGGGCACUUGUAAUUUUGACCCACGGGGUCAACUCAGCUGCCUGUGUCCCUCAGGAACUUCUGGCCUCUACUGUGAAAAUGUGGAUGAAGUUCCUGAGCCACCAAAAGCUUCAACAACAGAAGUUACGGAAGAUCCCCGCGUGCCGUCAGAUGAUUCCAUCAGUUCACGGCAGGUGACCUCCACAUCUAUUCUACUUGACCUGCACCGCUUCAUCGAGACAAGACCACACAUCCGUGGCAUCAGGUUGACCUACCGUAACCUCUCAGGGCCUGACCACCGCCCAAUUAUCCUGAGUGUACCGGCAUCCUACCCUGAGUACACCCUGCGUGGUUUGAGACCGAACUGUACCUACUCAGUCUGUGCAAGUCCCCUGGGUGAAAGAGUCAACUCUAGGGCCAACAGCUCUGUUGAAAAAGGGUCAUGUACAGAGGCUCGCACCGAAGGGGUCCCUUUAACAUCCUCAGAGCCCAGGGUGAAGACAGAGAGCCCAGUAACAAAUACUCUAAUCCCUGCCAUGGCUGCCCUGGCACUGGUGCUGGGGUUGGCUGUGGUGGCUGGGACAAUCAUCUGUCUGCGGAAGAGGAGGCAGGCCAAGGCAGGAGUGGAGCUGGAGCUGGGCCCGGCUGAUCCCGAUCCCAUGGAACUGGAAGGGAUCAAGGCCUGUCUGGAGAAUGGGGGGAAUGGUACACUAUUCCACAAACAGCCUGAGAUCGAUCGCUGUCACACCCCUCAGCUGCCUCCAUCCUUGCAACAAAACGGGGGCUUGGACUAUGAGGCACCCUUGAUGCAAGGACACUGCCCAUCAAAUAACAACCUAGCUUCCCUAAAGCCAUCUUAUUUCUGAGAUGCAAUAAAAUACAAACACUUGGAAAGAUUUUGGAGAGAGUGGGCUUGCCCAUCAGGACUUUUGAGAUCCUGCUAUGCUCACUUAGUGGUUAAAAAUCUAAUUUUCAUUCCAGUUUCACACAUCCACAAAUUGAAAAGUGGCACUUGCUUAUUUGGACUUGUCUAAAUGAUAAUGCUACAGAAUGGAUUUUAAAGACACUAAAUGAUGAAUUUCGUGUAUUGUAGUGUAUUGGAUAUGUGCUAAACCACGGUGGGACAAUAAACAGGAUGUGGUUUGAAGUCAUCUAGCCAAGUUUAAUGGUGGUGAGACCUAACCAAGUGAUUAAUCUAAGUGCAAUCGAUGAGAAGGUAGCAGACAGAAAACGGAAGUGCCUUUUUGCAUUGACACAACUGUAAUCGACGGCUCAUUUUUAAAAAUUUCUUUGUUUAUAUUAAAGAAUCUAUGUGAAUGAGCUGUAAUCUUGUUGCUGGAUUUGGGAGAUACAGUAAGGAGAAAAGUGCCUCAGUGUUUGGCUACAGAAGUGGAGGAGAAGACAAAACAGGGAUGCAGAUGCAGACUUGCCUGGACCACACGUCCUGGUACGAAAUGGGGUUUUGAACAACUCCAACUGCUCCGUGGAAAUUAUAAAAAGAACUUGCACUGAAAAGAAAUAUUCCUUUUCCGUUCUGGUGUCCCAGUCACAAACUGCCACAAGACUGAUGGUCACAUAAGAAAAGAUAUGUUAUAAAGCUAGUAAUAGGUUUACGACCAUAAGAGCUGCCUAAA